GCAGAAGGAAUACACCAAUAGGAUGAGUUACUGCGAUCAGUGUCACGGCGGGGUGAACCAACUUGGCGGGGUGUUCGUCAACGGGCGGCCGCUUCCCGACGUCGUGCGGCAGAGGAUCGUCGAACUGGCCCACAACGGCGUCCGGCCGUGCGACAUCUCCCGGCAGCUCAGGGUAUCCCACGGCUGUGUCUCCAAGAUACUAUCCAGGUACUACGAGACUGGCAGCUUCAAGGCAGGUGUGAUAGGAGGGAGCAAGCCCAAGGUGGCGACGGCGCCCGUGGUGGACGCCAUCGCCAACUACAAGAGAGAAAACCCGACCAUGUUCGCCUGGGAGAUCAGGGACCGGCUGCUUGCCGAAGGGAUCUGUUCGCAGGACAACGUACCUUCCGUAUCCUCCAUCAACAGGAUCGUUCGGAACAAGGCAGCCGAGAAGGCGAAGCACGCUGUGCAGAGCAGCAACAGCUGCAGCCCGCCCAGCGGAGGCACCGUCUCCGUGAUCGCGCACGCACCCGCCACGCAACACGACAGGUACAGCAUCAACGGGAUCCUCGGCCUACCACACCACCACCCCGACCACCAGGCCAAGAGGAAGCGGGACCUAGACCUCUCUGCAGAUGAGAACCGAGACUUGAACGGCCAUGGCGAAGAGGAGGCCAAAAGACAGAGGACGCAGUACAACGGAGAUCAACUAUACUCCAACGUCAGUUCGCUGUGGUCGAGCAAGUGGAACAUGAAGGAGGAGCAGAAGCUGUUCUCGGAGCUGGGGGCGGCAGCGGGGGGCGGUUCCCCCUAUUACGACUCCUCGGGCAGCUUCCCCCCGGCCGCCGCCGCCGACCUCUACGACACCAUCACCCAGGCACAGGCCACGCACAUCUACAACUCCCCCAUCGGCACCUCCAUAGUUGGAGGAGUGAACCCCCUAACCCCAAUCAGCAUGCAAGAAAUCCAUAAAUUAGGAACGAGCACAGUUCUGGACCCCGCCUCGCUGUCUCCAGUCCAGUACCACCAUACAGCCCAGUACGGGAGCGACGGGGGCCCGCAGGAGGACGCGCUGCCCGCGGACCCCGCCCCCAGCCCCGGCCCCCAGGACCCCUCGGCCCUCACCGUCCUCCAGCCGACCUACACCGCGCCUUACUACGCUCCUCCUUCAGGCGGAGGUUCGGAGUACGGGUACAGCGCCCCCUACACGCAGUACACCGGGACAGCUUACAGCGGCUACAACUACCCUUCUGGACCAGGAGGCCUCCUCAACGGUAGCUAUUACUACUACGGAGGAGGGUGCGGGGAAGAGGAGGCUGCGACCAGGUCACCGAUGGCCGCCACCAGGGCCAGCUCCGGAGCCAGCGCCUCCUCGCCUAUCGGCGCCGCCCAAUAGGCGACAUCAUCAUCCUCGGUUCCAGAUCUCAACCACACAAUAUAAAUGUAUAUAUAUAUAUAUAUCCUCAUUCAUUGUAUUAUACAGCUGAGUGUUAUACCAAAGAUAAGGAUUUCUGUAUCAUAUUAGUGAAACCUCGUUUUUAAGACUUAUUUAUAUAAUAAUAUUAUAAUUAAUAAUAUAUUAUUAA